AUGAGACGCAAUCUGAGAGAGGAAUUGCGCUCAAAUAGGGAAACUCACAGCUUUGCCGUAUAUUUUGAAAAAUUUUUAAGUCAGCCCGAUCGGUGGGCAUAUUGUUACCGACUGAAUGCAGGAAUCAAUACAAAUAUGGCAUUGGAAAACCUGCAUAGAAAUUUGAAACAUAUAUAUUUGAAAGGUAAGAAAGUAAAACGGUUAGAUAAAGGGAUCCAUGCCCUUAUGAGAUUCCUCAAUUUUAGGAUGCGUGAUCGCCUCAUAGCUAUCUACAGAGGCAAACUGACAAAGAAGCUCUCAGUUCUGAGGGUACGUCACAACGAGUCAGUGCCUCUGUCUGAAAAACUAGUGGUAACUGUUAGUACAGUGUUGUGGAAUGUCAUGUCAUGUAGCAACACAGAGUUUUAUUCGGUGUCAAAAAACUUAGACUCGUGCAGUUGUGGUUUACGGUGCAAGGACUGUGACCAUUGUAUACAUGCAUUCAGUUGCACUUGUGCGGACUCGAGCAUUUUGUGGAACAUGUGUAAACAUGUUCAUUUGGUAUGCCGAGUCAUUAAACAAAUGGAAAGUACUCAAAGUUCCAGGUCAAAUAGUGGAGCAGCCGCUAUUAUUCCAUGUGCUGAAGCAGCUGCACUUGUGCAGCAGUUGUCUAGUCCAGCACAGACAAAAAAUACAGUUGAGGCAAGUGAUUUGGAGGACAGAAAAGCCUCUUUGGUGGCAAAACUGUCAGAAAUGGUGCAGAGUGUUAAGUCCAAUGCAGGACUUGAGGCACUGGAGAGGCACAUAGCACCUCUGCAGUUUAUUAUUAAUUCUGCAGAGAAAGCCAGUGUCAGCUUUCCAGAAGUACCUGCCAUUGUGCAGGAACCUUCAAAUAAAAAAGUACUUCCACAAAGGAAGUUCUUCUCGACAAAAAAAACACAUGUAGCUAAGAAAUCAAAACCUAGCAAUCCGCCACGGUCUGAACGUGAUGCAAUUGCAUUUUCAAUGGUCACAGGGCUGCCCCAAGACCAUACUUCGUAA